CCAACUAUUGAGGCGCGAGCGUCCCGUGGACAGAGGAUAUGGGGUCUGUACCAUCCCGCCGUUGACUGCUUGGCUGUGUGCAGGACAGUCGGUCCACGUGAUUGCAUUGCUCCGGGCAUGCCGCAUUGUGCGAUGCGGCGACGAGGUGCAAGCGCGUUGGUGCUUAUCGGUCGCACGCAAUACGGGACAAGAGAUGGCAUUCGCCUGUCUUUGCCCAGCACGCAAGGGAUGCGUCUUUUUGUGGCCCGCAUGGAUGUUCUCUAUUGUUACUGCUUGGGGGAGCGCGGAAGGAUCCUGCAAGGCAGCCUUUUAUCGAAAACGGAAAGCGGGCUGUAUGCAUCCAAUAGUGUGCCCCAGGCAGCAAAGGAUUCCUGUGCAGUUCGUCGGCGAUGCUACCUCACCUCACAAGAGCCCCACGACCGCGAUCCACACACAAUGCCUGCGGGGCUGCUCCCGGCUGCCCAAUCGUAUCGACUGGGUAUGACCGUUCGCUUGUCUUGCACAUAUCGGGAUGCAACUUGCCUGAUGAUGGUGCCGCUCUGGCUGCCGGUGAGACUGCUAGGGCAUAACGUCACAGUGCGGAGCGAAGGAUGCUAGGAUGCAAACUGCCAAAUCCUGGUGGCGGUGUCUUUCAAUCCCGAUCAACAAUCCUCCGAAGCUCCUCGCUUUCCGGCUUUAAGUCCGAAAACCCGGAUUCGUUGUGGAGGGGCGAACGGGUUCCUGCGUCGACCGGCAUCCUUAUCCUUCUUUCUCGGGAGCCUA